AUGCUGCAAUCGGCAGUGGUAAGAACAGAAAACGGAGACACAGAACCGGCAGAAAUCGGACGCGGAGUUAGGCAAGGUUGUUUACUAUCGCGAAUGGUUGCAGAUUCGGAAGAAGGAUUACAACGAUUGAUGGACGCAUUAAGCGAAAUAGGAAAACAAUACGAUAUGAAAAUCAAUGUGAAGAAGACAAAGGUUAUGCGUGUCUGCAGAAAAGGAAGCAAGAAGGAAGGUGGCAAUCCGGUGAACAUUACGAUAGAUGGACAGGUUGUUGAGCAAGUGAAUCAGUUCCGUUACUUAGGAUCAUUGAUUUCAGACGACGGCACAUGUUUAGCAGAGAUUAAAAGUAGGAUCGCAAUGGCCAAGAAAGCAUUCAACAAGAGAAGAGAACUGUUAACAAAGCGAAUGAGCACGAAGCUAAAGAAGAAAGUAAUAAAGACAGUGGUAUGGAGUGUUGCAUUAUACGGUUCGGAAACAUGGACGAAUUGGUUGAACGAAAAAGAUAAGUUGGAGGCAUUUGAAAUGUGGACGUGGCGAAAUAUGGAAGGAAUAAAUUGGAAGGACCACGUAAAGAAUGAAGAAAUGUUGAAUAGAGUCGAUGAAAAAAGACAAAUACUAGACGUCAUCUUAACAAGAAAAAAGAGGUGGCUCGGGCACAUAUUGCGACGAGAAAGCCUAGUGAAAGACGUAUUGGAGGGUAGAUUCGAAGGUGAAAGAAGACGUGGAAGACCUCCAGCGAUGAUGCUAGACGAUAUUCUAGGGAAUGAGUCCUAUGCAACCAUAAAACGUCGCGCAAUGGAUAGAGAAGGAUGGAGGAAAUGGAUGCCUCGAACCUGCCCUAGGGCAGAACACUAG